UAAUAAUUGCUUUUUAAUUCUAUUUUAUUUUUAUUGUUAUAAAAACAAAAAGUGGAGACGGGAAUGUAAAUCAGGUGACAUGCGAUUUAGCUUAAACGAAUCAGAAACACUUUCCAGCAACAUGGCUCAUAAUCCUGAAAUUCAUGCUCCUCUGAUUAAAAGGCCUCAUCAGAACAACGACGCCAUCUCCCAGGCGGAGAACUCGCCGGCCGUCGAGAAUUCUCCGGUAGAGCAGGUGGCGCUGACGGUUUCAGUGAGCGACGACCCGUCGCUGCCUUCCUUCACUUUCCGGACAUGGAUUUUGGGAACCCUGGCGUGCGUGCUUCUCUCCUUCCUAAACCAGUUUUUCGGGUUCCGGAGAGAACCACUGACUGUGACGGCGAUAUCGGCGCAGAUAGCGGUGGUGCCGGCGGGACACCUGAUGGCGGCGGCGGUGACAAAGCACGUGUUCUUGAAGGGGACGAAAUGGGAGUUUACGCUGAACCCAGGGAAGUUCAACGUGAAGGAGCACGUGCUUAUCACUAUCUUCGCAAGUUCGGGAGCUGCUAGCGUCUACGCCAUUCAUUUCGUUAGCGCUGUUAAAAUGUUCUACCGUAAGGAGUUAACGGUUUUUGCGGCGUUAUUGGUGGUUAUAACGUCGCAGGUUUUGGGUUUCGGUUGGGCCGGGAUAUUCCGACGCUACCUCGUCGAGCCCGCUACCAUGUGGUGGCCCCAAAACCUUGUUCAGGUCUCGCUCUUCAGGGCACUGCAUGAGAAAGAGGAGAGAAGAAAAGGAGGGUUAACUCGGAAUCAGUUUUUCCUUACAGCAUUUCUUUGCAGUUUUGCUUAUUAUGUUUUUCCUGGUUACUUGUUCCCUAUGUUAACAUCGAUUUCGUGGAUUUGCUGGAUGUUUCCAACGUCCGUGAUAGCACACCAGUUAGGUUCAGGCUUGCAUGGUCUUGGAGUUGGUGCUGUUGGUUUUGACUGGUCAAGUAUAUGUUCAUAUCUUGGUAGCCCUUUGGCCAGUCCAUGGUUCGCUACGGCUAAUGUUGCUGCUGGUUUUGCCAUUUUCAUAUAUGUCAUUGUGCCCAUUGCUUAUUCCGCAAACCUUUACAAGGCAAGAAGAUUUCCAAUAUUUUCAGAUGAACUAUUCAUGUCCAGUGGUCAAAAGUACAACAUCUCAGCUAUAAUAGACUCCAACUUUCACCUUGACAUGGAGGCUUAUGAGCGCGAGGGCCCUCUUUAUCUCAGCACCAUGUUUGCUAUGUCAUAUGGCAUUGGUUUUGCUUGCCUUUCUGCAACUCUCGUUCAUGUCUCACUCUUCCAUGGAAGUGAAAUAUUGCGACUGAGUAAGUCUGCUUUCCAAGAGAAUAAGAUAGACAUACACACAAAGAUCAUGAGAAAGAACUACAAACAAGUUCCUGAAUGGUGGUUUCUUUGCAUUCUUCUGUUCAACAUCGUGGCCACUAUAUCUGUAUGUGAAUAUUUCAACAAUGAACUCCAACUACCAUGGUGGGGUGUGAUGUUAGCUUGUGUUGUUGCCAUAUCAUUUACUCUUCCCGUUGGAGUAAUUAGAGCCACAACAAAUCAGGCACCGGCUUUGAAUAUAAUAACAGAAUACAUAAUUGGAUACGUCUACCCAGGAUAUCCUGUUGCCAGCAUGUUGUUUAAAGUGUAUGGUAAUGUGAGCAUGAAGCAGGCCAUUUUCUUCUUACAAGAUUUUAAGCUUGGCCAUUACAUGAAGAUCCCUCCUAAAGAAAUGUUCUUGGCACAGGUACUGGGCACCUUAAUAUCUGCAGUGGUGCAUAUACUAACAGCAUGGUGGCUUAUGAACACUGUUCCAAACAUAUGCGAACGAGAAUUGCUUCCAGCAGGAAGUCCUUGGACUUGUCCCGGUGAUCAUGUGUUCUAUGACGCAUCUGUGAUAUGGGGUUUGAUAGGGCCUCGUAGAAUUUUCGGAGACCUUGGACACUACUGGGCUAUUAACUGGUUUUUCUUGGCUGGAGCAAUAGCUCCUUUCUUAGUCUGGGUAGCACACAAGGCCUUGCCUCAAAAACAAUGGAUCAGGCUUAUCACUGUGCCUGUGCUCUUGGGUGCAUUAGCUGACAUGCCUCCAGCUACAGCAGUAAACUACAGCAGUUGGGUUGUUGUUGGGUUUGUCUCAGGGUUUGUUGUGUACCGUUACCAUCGCGGUUGGUGGAGCCGACACAACUAUGUCUUGUCUGGGGCACUUGAUGCUGGUUUAGCCUUCAUGGGGGUUUUGCUCUACUUGUGUUUGGGGAUGGAAGGUAUCAGCCUAAACUGGUGGGGCAGCGAUCCAGAUAGGUGCCCAUUAGCUUCCUGUCCAACUGCACCAGCUGUUGAAUCCAAAGGCUGUCCUCUUUACUAAGCUUCCAUGAUAGAAUCCUGUUCAACUGUUAAUGCCGCCAUGGCAGCUUCAUCACCUGAAAAAUGUUUAUUUUUCCAAGUAUCA